GAGACUGACUGUUGCAACUCGUCAUGGUCCCAGAUCGUUCGCUUGGCACCCUGCCAAAUGCUUGAUUGGUCUGUGCGCGGUGCACCGCCCGCCAAACUGUGGCGUCACGCAGACCAGAUUCUUUGUGCCCCGCAGUCGGCGACCGCAUGAAAUUGGAAGAAAAAAAAUUGGUGUGCCUCCGUUUCCCUUCUUUUCCCUUUUUCUUUCUUUUGGGAAGAAGACAAGCUCUACCGGCCUGGCAACCUGCGAAAUCGGAUUGACCGGCUAUCUUCGACCUCGAGACGCCGAGACAGCCUGGCUUUUCGUUGUCACUGUGUCCUCUCGCUGGCUCUUUUCCUCCCUCGUUCUUCCUUUCUUUGAUACCCCUCCCUCCAGCACACAAUGUCUGCCGCAAACCUGAGCGCGACAUGGAUCAAUGGAUCUACCAAGUUCCUUGAUUUCAAGAACGCCGAGGAGCUCCUCGAGGAGUACGAGAGCCGCGAUGGUCUCGACGUCCGCCAGCUGCUGGACUCCAAGGUCAACGGCGGCCUGACAUACAACGACUUCCUCGUGCUCCCGGGCUACAUUGGCUUUGCUGCCUCCGAGGUCGGCCUCGAUUCGCCAGUCACCAAGAGAAUCUCCCUCAAGACUCCCUUUGUGUCGUCGCCCAUGGACACGGUGACGGAGCACGAGAUGGCCAUCCACAUGGCCCUCCAGGGAGGCCUCGGCGUCAUCCACCACAACUGCUCGGCCGAGGCGCAGGCCGACAUGGUGCGCAAGGUCAAGCGCUACGAGAACGGCUUCAUCCUCGACCCCGUCGUCAUCAGCCGUGCCACCACUGUUGGCGAGGCCAAGGCGCUGAAGGAGAAGUGGGGAUUCGGUGGCUUCCCUGUCACUGAGAAUGGAAAGCUCGGCUCUAAGCUGCUGGGCAUCGUGACGAACCGCGACAUCCAGUUUGAGGACGAUCCCGAGACCUCGAUCGAGAACGUGAUGGUUAAGGACCUCAUCACGGCGCCCCACGGCAUCGACCUGAUCGAGGCCAACAAGAUCCUGGCCAAGUCCAAGAAGGGAAAGCUGCCGAUUGUGGACAAGGACUUCAACCUCGUCUCGAUGAUUUCGCGGUCCGAUCUGACAAAGAAUCUUUACUUUCCCCUUGCGUCGAAGCUGCCCGAUUCGAAGCAGCUCCUCUGUGCCGCCGCCAUCGGCACGCGGCCCGAGGACAAGGUGCGCCUCCAAAAGCUUGUGGACGCCGGCCUAGACAUUGUCGUCCUCGACAGCAGCCAGGGAAACAGCAUGUACCAGAUCGAGAUGAUCAAGUGGAUCAAGCAGACCUUCCCCGGCCUUGACGUCAUUGGCGGAAACGUCGUGACCAGGGAGCAGGCUGCCGCGCUCAUCGCAGCUGGCGUUGACGGGCUGCGCAUCGGCAUGGGAAGCGGCAGUGCCUGCAUCACCCAGGAGGUCAUGGCCGUCGGCCGUCCCCAGGCUACCGCCGUCUACAGCGUCAGCUCCUUCGCCGCCAGGUUCGGUGUGCCCUGCAUCGCCGACGGUGGAAUCCAGAACGUCGGCCACAUCGUCAAGGGCCUGGCUCUUGGUGCCUCGACCGUGAUGAUGGGAGGCCUGCUUGCAGGCACCACCGAGUCCCCCGGUACCUCGUUCGUGUCUCGUGAGGGUAAGCUUGUCAAGGCGUACCGUGGCAUGGGCAGCAUCGACGCCAUGCAGGACAAGAAGGCCGGCGGUGGUGGCAAAGACAGCCAGAAGAGCAAUGCUGGUACCGCCCGCUACUUCUCUGAGGGUGACAGCGUUCUGGUCGCCCAGGGUGUUUCCGGAGCCGUGGCGCAUCGGGGAUCCAUCUCCAAGUUCCUCCCAUACCUUGCAGCGGGGUUGAAACACUCCAUGCAAGACACUGGAAUCCAGAGCCUCAGGGAGCUCCACGAUGGCGUGGCGAAUGGCACUGUGCGGUUCGAGAUCCGGACGGCAAGUGCCCAGCUGGAGGGUGGAGUGAACAUGGAGUCAUACGAGAAGAAGCUCUACGCAUAAAUGCUAAAUAAGAACUCGGCUCGCGGCCAGUUGGCAUCUUUUUGACGAUUCCGUUGUCAACCAAAUCAUGGGAGAUAAAGCAUGACAUGAGGCAGAGCCCUGGGGGGGGAUAGAAGCCAGGAAAAGGCCGCCACUUGGCGGAUCUUGUGUUGGUCAGACUAGGCAUGCAAGUUCCCGGAAUUCCGGCUUUGCCCACGGCGAAUGAAACCGUCUAUGACGGUGGCAGUGGGUGUUAAAGGAGGGCACACAGAACAGAAUCUGCUGCAUAACGGGGCAAGCCCGGAAGCAUGAUACCAGCGGUGGUUGAAAAAAAAAUCGGACAUUGUCCAAAGCGAAAAUAUUUUGCGGUGCCUUCGCUUCCUGGUUGUCUGGAUUUCCAUCUAUGAGACGGGCCAGGAAUUGAGGGACAUCUUCGAGUAGACGCAUGACUCCAGCGAUAUCGGCGUCUUUGCUUGACAAGACGAGGGGUAAAAAAAAAGACGCGUUCCCAAUUCAAACCAA